CGGAAGAGCCGCUGGGUUCUGCGCUCGGGAGUCCCGGGACCGCUGAGGGGCCACCCCAGGCAUAGGAAAGGGCCGCUGGGGGCGGUCCGGCUGCACUCAGGGUGUCCGGGCCACAGGUCUGAGGGAUGAGGAGGGGCCAUGGCCAGCGACGGGGCGAGGAAGCAGUUCUGGAAGCGCAGCAACAGCAAAGUCCCGGGCAGCAUCCAGCAUGUGUACGGAGCCCAGCAUCCCCCUUUCGAUCCCCUGCUGCACGGCACCUUGCUCAAGUCCAUGCCCAAGGUGCCAACCACCCCGGUGAAGGCCAAGAGGGUCAGCACCUUCCAGGAGUUUGAGAGCAACACCAGCGAUGCCUGGGAUGCGGGUGAGGACGAUGAUGAACUCCUGGCCAUGGCGGCAGAGAGCCUGAACACAGAGGUGGUCAUGGAGACAGCCCACCGUGUCCUUCGUAACCACAGCCAGCGGCAGGGGCAGCACGCCCUGCAGGAGGCACCAGGCCCCGAGCAGAGGCCGAGCCCUGUGGCAGAGCCACUGUCAGCCCCGAGUGGAGACCUCCGUCUGGUGAAGUCCAUCAGCGAGAGCCACACGUCCUGUCCUGCAGAAAGUACCAGUGAUGCUGUCCCUCUGCAGAGGUCCCAGUCUCUCCCGCACUCGGCCACUGUCACACUGGGUGUGACGUCAGACCUGAGCACCCUCAGCACCUCCGCAUUGAGUGAGAGAGAGGCCUCCCGGCUUGACAAGUUCAGGCAGCUGCUUGCCGGCCCCAACACAGACCUUGAAGAGUUACGGAAGUUGAGCUGGUCUGGAAUCCCUAAGCCGGUUCGUCCAAUUACAUGGAAGCUUCUCUCGGGUUACCUUCCUGCCAACGUUGACCGAAGACCAGCCACUCUCCAGAGAAAACAAAAAGAAUAUUUUGCUUUUAUUGAGCACUAUUAUGAUUCUAGGAAUGAUGAAGUUCACCAGGAUACAUACAGACAGAUCCGCAUAGACAUCCCUCGAAUGAGCCCCGAAGCACUGAUACUUCAGGCCAAGGUGACUGAGAUUUUUGAAAGAAUCUUGUUUAUAUGGGCGAUUCGUCACCCUGCCAGUGGGUAUGUUCAGGGGAUAAACGACCUCGUCACUCCGUUCUUUGUGGUCUUCAUUUGCGAAUAUAUAGAGGAGGAGGAGGUGGAUGCUGUGGACAUCUCCCGCGUGCCUGCAGAGGUGCUGCGUGACAUCGAGGCUGACACCUACUGGUGCAUGAGCAAGCUGCUGGACGGCAUCCAGGACAAUUACACCUUUGCCCAGCCUGGGAUUCAGAUGAAGGUGAAGAUAUUAGAAGAGCUUGUGAGCCGGAUUGAUGAGCAAGUCCAUCGGCACCUGGAGCAGCACGAGGUGAGAUACCUGCAGUUUGCCUUCCGUUGGAUGAACAACCUGCUGAUGAGGGAGCUGCCCCUGCGCUGCACCGUCCGCCUGUGGGACACCUACCAGUCUGAACCCGAGGGCUUUUCUCAUUUCCACUUGUACGUCUGCGCUGCUUUUCUUGUGAGGUGGAGGAAGGAAAUACUAGAAGAAAGAGAUUUUCAAGAGCUGCUGCUUUUCCUCCAGAGCCUGCCCACAGCUCACUGGGGUGAUGAGGACAUCAGCCUGCUGCUGGCCGAAGCCUACCGCCUCAAGUUUGCCUUUGCGGACGCUCCCAACCACUACAAGAAGUGAGCAGGGCCCACCCCACCCAGCGCUGCAGGCCCACGAGGAGAGGCCCUGCCGGGGUGGCCUGCUCGGGAGCUCGCCCGGAUCAGCCCCGCACUUGGUCUCGGGCUGGUGAGGACAGCAGCAGGCCUGUUUCCUGAGAUACCAAAGAGAGCCAGAGGAGGGUCCUGGCUUUGGGGGGCCCGAGUUGGGUCAGGAGUCUGUCUUGCCCUGUCCCCUGAGCAUCCUUGCCAAAUGACCACCUCCUGGAAUCCCCAGCCCAAGGCAGCCUGAGAGGCAACCCCUCCCGGGGAGGCCUGUGGUGUGGGGAGCAGGGGCAAAGGGAGGUGGUAGCUAUCUCAUGCCUACUUCGAAAUGCAAAAUUUUUAUUCUGUUGAGCGAAGGAGAAUAAAAUAUAGACAAGACGCACAGUGAGAACGUGGCACUGCCCUGGGGUCUCCGUGCUGGUGAAGUGCUUUUGACAGCUAGCCCAUGCCUACGGCUGCGCAGGCUCUCACCUUGCUGGUGUUUGCUCUUUGGUUAAAGUUAGUGAAAAGCGGACGCAGGAGGCCCAUCCGUGAGCCGGGCCAAGUGCCUAGGGAGGCUGCAGAUAGAUGGCCCGGGCGCAGAGGCCCUUGCGAUUGCCUUACUUCCCAUCUCUAACUCCUGUGGUCCGGGUCACAUCUCUGCCCUGGGUGGGUUCUGUCCUCCACGGAGCCCACGGGACGAGCUGCUGGCCAUGCUGGGCUGGCGACAUCAGGGCUCAGUGGCCUUGUGAUCAAAGCCCCAGACCGUGCACCCUUCCCACUGCUGGUUGCUGAGAAGUGGCGUGGGGCUUCUCAGAGACCCCAUGGACUCACUGCCAGCCUUGCCACACUCUUCCACGUCUGCCCAAUGUGUUGGAGACUGGAUUGCGCCUACUCUUAACGAGGUCCCAGAGCUGCACUGCAAAAGGCCACCCCCCCCCCCCCCCCCCAGGCUCUGCUAGGGCUGGAUUUGCUGCUCCAGGGGCUUUGGGACAUGCUUCCCCUGUGUUCUCUCAGGUGUGUCACAGGCCAUGUGUCCCCUGGUGACACCCCCAUGGGGCCACAGCCUCUUAGACCCUGAGCCCAGGACAGGUUCGUGUCUUUAGCGACACACCUGUGGCCCACUCCUCAGACUUUUGUCUGUCCCUCCCUCAGGAGCACCCGUAGCCCUUGCCCAGGUACUGGGACCCUUCCAGGCAGUGGAACAUAUGGAUGUGUGUGAUGUGUGAUUCUGCUUCUGUGACAGAAGUACUGGGUCAUUACAUGUGGCAUGGACGUUAGCACACAAUACUGUGCAAAUGUCAGGUGCUCCCAGAUCAGCAGAGGGACCAGUUUGCCUUAGACCAGAGGAAAGCUCUCCCACGCCUCCCGGCCCUGCCCUGUCCCAAGAUCGAGGGUUCCUCAGACCAGCACCAGUGCUGUCUCCUGUGGGACUUUUCUAGAUGGGGCAGGGGAGAGGGGAACAGUUACAAGAAAGGCUGCCCCCUUGGCUCUUUGUGCAGGAAGCGUCCAUCUCACGUAGCCGAGAUCGACCUGGGGAGCAUCUCUAUCUGUAGCUCAGAUUUCUCUGUGCAGCCAGAAUGUUGGGGACACAAAAGAGCUGCCUCUUGAGGCAGUCGAUUUUUCAAAUAGGAAGGACCCAUGAAGCUAGAUCUAGUCCCAUAUGUGUUUUCGUAUGUAUGUAAAUGCUAGGACUGACCGCGCGGGGUGUUGAUGGUGGUCCUGGAGUCUGGAUGCUGGGGUGUGCUGUCUGGAACGCGAUGUGCUGAAAACGUGCAAUAAAGAUGCAGUAACCAAGCCUGCAGCCUCGGCCCUGAUUCCAGGACUCACUUUUCCAGGAGCAGGGUGCCCUGCCCUGCCCUGUCCUGCCCUGCAGCAGCUUCUGGGCAGUCUG